GGUAAGGAAACAAUUUACUGGUAUUUUGGUUUUAUCAUUGUCUUUGCGGCGGUUUUCACCGUCGCCUGGAUGCUUCAUAAAAUACGAGAUUUUUUGGCCAGGAAAUAUUAUAAGUACUGUGUCGAGCAAGAUGAUUGA